AUGGAGAGCUUCGUCAGCUGGUGCCAGGAGCACGAGUGGAUCGCGAGCAAGUCUCUGUUCCUCGUCACCCCGGGAGAGGGCCUCGACGCGAAGGCGCUGGAGCUGGCCGACACCAUCCAAUUGGACGCAGGGACCAUGAAGUACGUGCUUCUGCUGCUCGCGGCCUACCCGCUGGCCGCGGUGUUCGCCCGGCUGCCCAACGCGGCCGCCAAGCACCUGUUCUCCACCUUCCUCGGGGUCUGGAUCAUGCAGUUCGUGUUCUACGGGCAGUGGAUCCACUCCUUCAUCUCCUCCGCGGCGACCUACCUCAUGGUCCUCACGCUGCCGAACAGGCACAUGCCCCACGUGGUGUUCGCCUUCGUGCUGGGGUACAUCUGCCUGUCGCACAUCUACCGCGCUUACGUGGACUACAUGGGCUGGAGCCUCGAUUUCACGGGUCCUCAGAUGGUGCUGACGAUCAAGCUGAGCUCGUUCGCGUACAACGUGUGGGACGGUAGGAAGUGGGCGGAGAUCGAAAAGGACACCGGGGAUAAGCGAAAGGACAGGGUGUUGAAAGCGCGGCGAGAUUACGCGAUCCGCUCCAUGCCCAAUCCGCUCGAGUUCUUCGGCUACAUCUACUGCUUCUCGUCCAUCCUCGCCGGCCCGGCGUUCGAGUACAAGGAGUACGACAACGCCACCAGCGGCAAGGCUUACGAGAAGGACGGCAAGCCGCACCCGAUGCCCUCCAACUGGGCGGCCGCUCUGUCCAAGUUCGGGUCGGGCAUGCUCUGCCUCACUCUCUUCCAGGUCGGCAGCGGCUACUUUCCGCUCACGGGGAUGCGAUCGUCGGAGGUGGCUGGUAUGCCUAUCCCCAAGCGGAUCAUGAACGCGUGGAUCACCCUCUUCUUCGUGCGGAUGAAGUACUUCUUCGCCUGGAAGACCGCCGACGGGGCUUCCGUGCUGGGAGGCUUUGGAUUCCAGGGCUACGGGCCUGACGGACAAGUCGUCGGCUGGGACGGGGAAACUUUGAUGGAGGCGAAACGAGAGGCGUCGAGGGGGGGCGGAGGCGUGGGUGCCGAGAGCGAGCACCACCUGCAGGGCCUCGUCGAUGAUUUUCUCCAGGCGAUGAGCAACGCGGCUGGGUGCGGUCUCGAGGGUGUGUCGAAGUUGGUCGCUGCUGGACGACGGCUGUUCUAUGGAUGGUUACGCUGCAGACACAACAAAUGUGGACCUACUGUUUAUGCUGAUUCAAUUCAUUCCUUCGGGUUUUGUGGGACGAUGCUCGUUGUACCGUUGUGA